AUGAGUAAAAGUAAAACCGAUCUUCGACCAUACUCUGUUGAAGAAGCACUUGCGCUUAUAACAAAUGCCAAACUAACUACUGCCCAGUAUAAACAGAUAAGAAAAGAAGCCAAAAAAAGAAAAUGCAAUAUCUACCCAUUGUAUAAUAUAGUACUUGCUGCCAAAAAGAAUUGUUAUCCUAAAAAUAUAAAUGAAACUUCUGCUCAGGUUCCUUUGCAAAAUGCACUAGACCACUGUAUUAAUCGGUUAUGUAUUGCUCAGAAAGAUGUUAUCGAUCACGUAGUAUCAGAAGAAGAUCAAGUAACUUUGGAAAUGAGAUACAAAUGGGGCUUCGAUGGAUCCUCUAGCCAUGCAUUAUAUAAACAAAAAUUUACAGAAAACCCAAAUUCGACAAACACAGAUUUACUUAUAACGUCAAUCGUACCCUUACAAUUCAAAAAAGUUACAGACAAUGCCGAAACUAUAAUAUGGCAAAAUCCGAGGCCAUCGUCCACGCGUUUUUGUAUGCCACUGCAUCUCCAAUUCAUAAAGGAAACAACUGAAAAAGAAGCCGUAGAAAGAAGAAAACGAGAAAUAACAAAUUCUUUUCGUCAACGUACAGGUAUAUUGGUAGAUGUAGUGCGUCAUGGAAGUGGGACGACAAAUGAUGGAAACGUUGCCAGGCGUUUUUUCAGUGAACCAGCACUAUCAGCAAAUAUAACAAGAAUUGAUGAGACUCUAAUACGCAGAUUCUCCGUAGUUUUACAAGCCAUCUCUUGUGGAUACGAUCUUAAUCCUGAAGCAUUUAGGAAGUAUGCUCUGGAUUCUGCCCGACUUUUCGUGAAUUUAUAUCCCUGGUUUAAGAUGCCAUCAAGCGUCCACAAGAUACUGAUUCACGGUGCAGAUGUCAUAAAUUCUUUGAUUCUUCCAAUAGGCCAGCUUAGCGAAGAGGCUUUAGAAACACGUCAUAAAGAAUCUCGAUACUACCGCCAACACAAUUCUCGAAAAAUUGGCAGAAAACAAAACCUGGAAGAUUUACUACAUGCCCUAUUAAUUUCAUCUGACAUGCUGAUUUCCAGUAUAAGACCUUUGCCAAAAAGAAAAUUGAGUACGCUUCCCGAAGAGGUUGUUAGCAUGUUGAAAGUACCAAAAGAUCCAGAUUUUACUAUCAAAAAAAUUUCAAUAUUGGAAUUGUUAAAAGUUGUCCUGAGGGCCCAUAAUGCCAUUAAAGUUAAUUUAGAGGUCUUCGCUACUUACGUAUUGCAAAGCCAAGAUAUUUCCGAAAUCAAAUCUUUUAACAGCAUAAAUCGAAUACUAGAUUUGUCGACAGAGUUGGAUGCGGUAUAUGCAGACUUUAAGGACGCCGUGGUAUCUCAAACUGCGGACUUUCAACAUAAGGAUUCAGGGUGGUCAUUACAGGAAGUACUAUUUUUAGAAGUAAACAUAAAUAAGUACUCUCCACUAGGCGGCUGCUCGUACAUAAAGCUCCCCAAGUUUAUUGAAACCAAGAAGGGUGUAGUUAAUGUGCAAAAUAAUGAUGCGUAUUGCUUUGCUUGGGCCAUCACAUCGGCACUGUAUCCAACGAGAGAUCAUGUUAGCCAAACAUCAUCUUAUCCACACUUCGAGACCGUGCUGAAUGUUGUAGGUAUUGAAUUUCCCAUGAAGCUUAAAGACAUUUCAAAAUUUGAAGACAUAAAUGAUAUAAGUGUUAAUGUUUAUGGCUUAGAACGUAGUUAUGAAAAUGGUAAGGUGAAAUUUGAGAUAGUUGGCCCAUUACGAUAUUCCCGUAGAAGGUUAGGUCAUCAUAUAAAUUUACUACUAAUAACGGAGGAUUCGGGUAAUAGUCACUACUGUUGGAUUAAAAAUCUUUCCAGGUUAGUCUCGAGUCAAAUAACUAGAAAUGGUCAUAAAAAAAUUUUUUGUGAUGGAUGUUUACUUUAUUUUCCAUCUGAAAGCGCCCUAUUGCUGCAUCAGUUGCGCGAUUGUAAUCAUAUAUAUACCUGCACGCCAUCAGUAGAGCCGAAAAAAGACAAACGCGGCAAUUAUGUGCCUGAAAAUAUACUUAAGUUUCAAAAUUAUGAUAAGCAACUAAGAGUUCCAUUUGUUAUUUAUGCUGAUUUUGAAUCGAUCUUAAAACCUAUAGAUAUUUGCGAACCAGAUCCGGAAAAAAAAUUUACUAUCCCUACAUACCAACAUGAGCCAUAUUCUUUCGCAUAUAUAAUUAAAUGUUCAUUUGAUAAUUCAUUGACGAAAUUUGUAACUUUUACGGGUGAUAAUGCCGGUAGCGAUUUCGUGAAACGGUUAGAGGACGAUGUUUUGACUAUUUAUAAUACGUAUUUAAAAGACAUUGUCCCUAUGCACCAACUAUCUAAUGCCGAAAUAGAAGAUUUUAACACAUCGACUAUAUGCUCUAUUUGCGAUGAGAUCUUUCAAGAAGGCGAUAUUAAAGUAAGAGAUCAUUGUCAUAUUACCGAAAAAGAAAAAUUCGAUUUAAUGAGACAGAAAGGGGUGUUUCCAUAUAAUUUCAUAGAUAAUAUAAUGAAAUUAGAUCACCCCAAUUUACCUUCAAAAGAUGAGUUUUAUGACAAGUUAAAUGAUUGUCACAUAUCUGAUGAGGAUUAUGCAAGGGCUCAGAAAGUUUGGAAUGUUUUUAAAUGUCAAACCUUGGGAUCUUAUUCUGAUUUAUAUUUAAAAUCAGACGUUUUAAUGUUGUGCGAUAUAUUUGAAAAUUUUAGGGAUGUAUCGCUUAAAGCAUGUAAACUAGAUCCGGCACAAUAUUAUACAUCUCCAGGGCUGUCAUGGGAUGCGAUGUUGCGCUACACCAAGGUGGAGUUGGAACUGUUGACAGAUAUAGAUAUGAUUAAUUUCUUCAGAAAUAGUAUACGCGGCGGUAUCAGCCAAUGCGUAGAAAGAAAACAUAUCACCAAUAAUCCGUAUUUAUCUGAAUAUAAUCCUUUCGAGCCGAAGUCUUCUAUACAUUAUAUCGAUGCGACAAAUCUCUAUGGGUAUAGCAUAAGUCAGCCUCUACCCACGGUGGAAUUUGUUUGGUUAUCGACUGAGGAAAUUAAUCAACUCGAUGUUAUGUCAGUUGAUGAUCUCGGGGAUUAUGGUUAUGUAUUAGAAGUUGAUGUAACAUAUCCGUAUCACCUUCAUGAUAAACAUACCGAUUUACCAUUUUUAGUAGAGAAUAUAGUUCCACCUAAUUCCAAAACAGAAAUCCCCAAACUGGUUCCCAAUUUGAAUCAUAAAGACAAAUACAUAUUACACUAUAGAAACUUUAAACAGGCCAUAAAUAAUGGACUAAUUGUAACUAAAAUUCAUCGCGCCCUCAAGUUUAAGCAGUCUCAUUGGCUGAAAAAAUAUAUAGAUCUUAAUACAAAUAUGAGAAACAAUGCUAAGGACACAUCCGAGAAAAAUCACUUUAAGCGAAUGGUCAAUAGUGUGUACGGGAAAACUAUGGAAAAUGUGGAUGACAGACGCGAUAUUUACCUUAAAACUCACUGGGCUAGUAAGAGAAAUUCUCCGGGGGCAAACAACUUAAUUGCUAGACCGAAUUUUAAGUCUUGUUCCAUAUUUUCACAGAACUUUGUUGCUAUACAUAUGGGUAGAACUAAAAUAUGUUAUAACAAACCACUGUACGUAGGUUUCACGGUGUUGGAGUUGUCAAAAGUAAGAAUGUAUGAUUUCUAUUACGGCACAUUAAAACAACAAUUAGGCGAUAAAGUUUCCUUACUUUACACAGAUACUGAUAGUUUUGUGCUUAAAGUUAAUUCAAUAAAUUUUUAUGAAUUUAUGAAAAGAAAUAUUGAACAUUUCGACACAUCUAAUUAUAAAGCGGAUAAUAAAUUUAACCUCCCAGUUACUAAACCAAUAUUGGGAAAUUUCAAAGAUGAAUAUCCAAAUCAGGCUAUCAGCAUAUUUUUAGGGACGGGCGCAAAGGCCUAUUAUAUUAGAUCAGAUAAAAAAGAAACCAAAACCGCUAAAGGCGUAAAAAAAAGUGUAAUACAAAACAGCUUAAACAUGACGGAUUACCAAAAAAUUGUAGAAGGUGGGGGAAGAUUUGAGGAUUUGUUUCUAAAUGAACCCACAAAAUAA